GAGCUGCCGCGGCGCCGCCCUAUAAAACCCGGCGACGCGACGCACAGCCACAGCCGAGACCGCGUCCACUCCGCGAGCACAGGCCCCUCGCCCUCGCCGCUCCUCCGUCGCCGCCGCCGGUUUACACCGCUCUCAGUUCGCCAUGGAUGAUGAUAUUGCUGCGCUCGUGGUCGACAACGGCUCCGGCAUGUGCAAAGCCGGCUUCGCGGGCGACGAUGCCCCACGGGCCGUCUUCCCUUCCAUCGUGGGGCGCCCCCGGCACCAGGGCGUGAUGGUGGGUAUGGGCCAGAAGGACUCCUACGUGGGCGAUGAGGCCCAAAGCAAGAGGGGCAUCCUGACCCUGAAGUACCCCAUCGAGCACGGUAUUGUCACCAACUGGGACGACAUGGAGAAGAUCUGGCAUCACACUUUCUACAACGAGCUGCGUGUGGCCCCCGAGGAGCACCCAGUGCUGCUGACCGAGGCCCCCCUGAACCCCAAGGCCAACCGUGAGAAGAUGACCCAGAUCAUGUUCGAGACCUUCAACACCCCGGCCAUGUACGUGGCCAUCCAGGCCGUGCUGUCCCUGUACGCCUCUGGCCGCACCACCGGCAUCGUGAUGGACUCCGGGGACGGGGUCACCCACACUGUGCCCAUCUACGAGGGGUACGCCCUGCCCCACGCCAUCCUGCGUCUGGACCUGGCUGGCCGGGACCUGACGGACUACCUCAUGAAGAUCCUCACGGAGCGCGGCUACAGCUUCACCACCACCGCCGAGCGGGAAAUUGUGCGUGACAUCAAGGAGAAGCUCUGCUACGUGGCCUUGGACUUCGAGCAGGAGAUGGCCACCGCCGCGUCCUCUUCCUCCCUGGAGAAGAGCUACGAGCUGCCCGACGGGCAGGUGAUCACCAUCGGCAACGAGCGGUUCCGCUGCCCCGAGGCGCUCUUCCAGCCUUCCUUCCUGGGCAUGGAAUCCUGUGGUAUCCACGAAACUACCUUCAACUCCAUCAUGAAGUGCGACGUCGACAUCCGCAAGGACCUCUACGCCAACACGGUGCUGUCCGGGGGGACCACCAUGUACCCCGGCAUCGCUGACCGGAUGCAGAAGGAGAUCACCGCCCUGGCGCCCAGCACGAUGAAGAUCAAGAUCAUCGCACCCCCUGAGCGCAAGUACUCCGUGUGGAUCGGUGGCUCCAUCCUGGCCUCGCUGUCCACCUUCCAGCAGAUGUGGAUCAGCAAGCAGGAGUACGACGAGUCCGGCCCCUCCAUCGUCCACCGCAAAUGCUUCUAGGCGGACUGUUAAUUUAGUUGCGUUACACCCUUUCUUGACAAAACCUAACUUGCGCAGAAAACAGAUGAGAUUGGCAUGGCUUUGUUUGUUUUUCGGUUUUGUUUUUUUUGGUUUUUUUCUUUUAAAUUUUUUUUGUUUUUGGAUUUUAUUUUUUGGUUUUUUUUUUUUUUUCGGUUUUUUUUUUUUUUUGUUUUUGGCGCUUGACUCAGGAUUUAAAAACUGGAACGGCGAAGGUGACAGCAGCUGGUUGGAGCGAGCACCCCCACAGUUCUACGGUGUGGCCGAGGACCUUGACUGUACAUUGUUCUUUUUUUUUUUAAUAUUCAUUCCAAAUACCGUGAGAUGCAUUGUUACAGGAAGUCCCUUGCCUUCCCAAAAGCCACCCCAUUUCUCCCUGAGGAGAAGGGCCAGUCCUCGCCCAAGUCCACACAGGCGAGGGUGAUAACAUUGCUUUGGUGUAAAUUAUGUAGUCCAAAUUUUUUUUAAUCUUCGCCUUAAUACUUGUUUUUGUUUUAUUUUGAAUGGUCUGCCAUCGUGGUCCCCCUUUUUUGUCCCCCCCCCCCCCAAUUUCAGAUGUAUGAAGGCUUUUGGUCUCCCUGGGAGUGGGGUUGAGGCACAGGCAGUCAGGGCUUCCCUGUACACUGACUUGAGACCAGAUCAAUAAAGUGCACACCUUAAAGAGAGAA